GGUGCUGGAAACUACACCAUGUCUGAUAUGAAUAUGUUAUUGGAUUGCAUUGAAGAGGAGCUUCCACUGGGUCAGCAAGGGUGGCAGGUAGUUGCAACAAAGUUCAAUAAGUGGGCUUCCAAGAAUGGAUAUCCAGAUUGUAAGGUGUCAUCACUUGAGACAAAGUACAAACAAUUAGUCAAGACACCUAAGCCAACCAGUACAGGUGUUUGCCCCCCUGAAAUCUUAUGGGCUCACCACAUUGAUGACCUUUUCAAUGAAUGA